AAAGACGUCCACAUCAUCUUGAUCACUGCAGACACAGUAGAGAUCUGCCUGACUGAGGAAAUCAACACGGGAUUCUGUUAUAAAACCACAGGAUAAAGAUGAAAUAAAUGUCUGCUGUCAAUGAUGUAUAGAUUUGUGUUACAGAAAUCUGUCACAGUGACAGGUGUUAGUCGUGUAUGUCACAUUACCCGUGUAUCCUCAGACCGGGUCUGGAUCAGUGAUAUAGACAAUCUCAUCUUGUCAAACACAGCAGGGGAUAAACUACAUCAUCUGACAGAUAUACGUAGUAUAUGGGGAGGACACACUGUGAACAAUGACGGUGAUUUAAUUUAUAUAGACAGUGAGUAUAACAUCAACAAACUGUCUAUAGAGAACACAGUAAAGACUCCAUUAAUAAAGUACAACACAGCACCAUGGGAACCACUGAGUGUCUACAGCUCCCCCUCCACUGGAGACCUGCUGGUCGCGAUGUAUAACACUGAUACAGAUACAGGCAAGUUAGUGCGGUAUAACUCCACAGGAGAACACAUCCAGACCAUACAGUACAACAACAACACAGGUCAGGGACUGUAUAGAGAACCUAUCUACAUCACAGAGAACCGCAAUGGAGAUGUUAUUGUGUCUGACUUGGACCGUGUAGUGGUGACAGAUCGUGGUGGAAGUCAUCGCUUCUCCUACACAGGACACCCAUCAGGAUCAGGACUAUUGCCACAUGGAAUCUGUACUGACGCGCUGUCACACAUCCUGGUGUGUGAUUAUAACACCCAGUCAGUACAGAUGUUAGACAGGGACGGUCACUUCCUGUCACAGAUACAGACAUCACCACACGGGAUAGACACACCACGGGGCCUGAGUUAUGAUGAUAACACACACCUACUGUGGGUAGGGUCACGGUACAACAACACAGUCAACAUAUACAGAGUGGUAGACAGAGACUCUCUGACUGGUAAGUAA